AUGUCCCCUGAUCCAGAAACCCCCGACGACCCCUCUCCGGGCCCCGUAUACACCACCUUCUCCAAGUCCUCCAAGCGAUGGAUCAUCGCCAUGGCCGCGUUCGCGAGCUGUGCCUCGCCCAUGACGGCCAACAUCUACUUUCCCGCCCUGAACUCUCUCUCGGCAGACCUGGGCGUCUCGACCAGCCUCAUCAACCUGACUCUCACCACCUACAUGGUCUUCCAGGCCGUGGCGCCCACUGUGGUCGGCGACCUGGGCGACAUGGCCGGCCGACGACCAGCGUUUAUCCUAGCCUUCACCAUCUACAUCCUCGCCAACCUCGGCCUAGCCCUGCAGCACAACUACGCCGCCCUGCUGGUGCUGCGCAUGGCCCAGAGCGCGGGGAGCAGCGGGACGCUAUCGCUGAGCUUCGCCGUCGUCUCGGACGUGGCCGUGAGCGCCGAACGCGGCGUCUACAUGGGCAUCAUCACGGCAAGCAGCAACAUUGGUCCCGCCCUGGGCCCCGUGCUGGGCGGCAUCCUGGCCCAGUUCCUAGGCUGGAGGGCCAUCUUCUGGUUCUGCCUCAUCUACGCCGCCGUUUGGCUCGUACCCUACGUCCUGACCGUGCCCGAGACGUGCAGAAACGUGGUAGGGAAUGGCUCCAUCCCCGCCCCGGCUUGGAACAUGACGGUUAUCGAGCUGUUCCGUUUCCGCCGGCGGCGUCACGAUCAGAAGCAGAAGGAGAAGCAUACCGGCCCCUUAAUCACCCCUCUGGAGGACAGCCCUCCGAAUCGAAACCGCAACCUGCGCUUCCCCAACCCAUUCAACGCGCUGCGCGUACUUCUCGAAAAGGACGUCGGCCUGCUCUUGUUCUACGGUUCGCUGGUGUACCUCGUCUUUCUCCUCGUAUGCGCAACGCUCUCCACGCAACUAGCCGAAACCUACCACCUCAGCGACCUUCAGGUCGGGCUGUGCUACCUGCCGUACGGGGUGGGGUGCGCUGUCGCCGCAUUUCUGCAAGGGCUUGUCCUCGACCGGCACUACCGCCGCAUCGCCACGCGCAUCGGCUUCCCAAUCGACUACAAGCGCGGGGAUAACGACCUGCGCGGGUUCCCCAUCGAACGGGCGCGCAUCGAGCCCGUCUACCCGAUCCUGUGCGUAGGCAUCGCCGCUGUCGUCGCCUAUGGCUGGGUCCUGCAGGCCGGGCACAGUCUCGCGGGGGUUUUGGUCCUGCUGUUUGUCAUUGGGCUGUGCGUCGCGGGGACUUUCUCCCUGCUCAACGUUCUCGUCGUGGACCUCUACCCCGACGCCCCCGCGACUGCCGUGGCGGCAAAUAACCUGGUGCGUUGUCUAUUCGGCGCCGGGGGCACGGCCGUCAUUGAGUCCAUGUUUAGCGCCAUGGGCAGGGGCUGGACCUUUACCUUCUGGGCUCUUGUUCUCGUGGUGUUUUCGCCUAUUCUGUGGGCGCUGACCGUGAGAGGCCCCCAAUGGCGAGAGGAGAGGAGGCUCCGGAAGCUUGAAGAGAAUGAAAAGAAUGCCCAGACAGGCGUGACAGAUAGUAGCUGA